GACGAGGAGAAGGAGGAUGAGGAGGACGAGGAGGAGGAUGAAGAUGCUCUUGAUGGUGCGAGAACGCCUUGUCACGUCCUUCCGCUUCGCGGGCCUGGAGCAUUUACAGUGAUUCAGGGCACGCAUUGGAUAGUCUGCCCUUGGCGGCCGUGGCUUCGCUGCGCCAGCGCGUCGGCGGCACGCCAGGGGGAGUGGGGCUGGGGUGGUACGAUGCAACUCUUACGCCAGAUGUCUGGGGUGGCGGGGGGAGUUCGCGGGCCAGCUCACGCAGCUGGUCCUCACGGCGCCUCCCGGCGCUUAUGGAGGCGCCAGGGUAUAUCUAGGAAGGGAGCCUUAUCGGCGAGGCCAAGCCGAGAGCAGCUGCAUGCAUCACAGCGUAUCGAGGAGGAGGAGGAGGAGGAGGAGGAGGAGGAGGAGGAGGAGGAGGAGGGGGAGCGCGGGAGGCCAAGCUCAGGAAGGCCAGCGCAAUCUGUUUGCGCCGAUGCCUACUGCAGAAAGCAGAGGCGAACAGGAAAAACGAAACAGUCGGGAAUGAGCGUGUAGCUCGCCGCGAGUGGCUGUCAUACUCUGAACCUGUUUUGUUACUGCCAUCGGCUUGGCUACAAGAGGGACGACUUCGGAAUCUGGGGCGUCGGGCUCGGGUCAGAUCCUGGAGCGCUUUGAACCAUUUCACUCGCCACGUCCCAAAACCUUGCGCUCACCUCGAAUCCCCACUGACUCACCACACGUUGUGGUCACUGCGCCGUUUCGGGUCCCCCGAACCCACUGUGGGUUCAGGACCAACUCCUCCCGGGAUGCCCAAACACGUGAUCUUGGCUCUUGGGCACGCGCAGCCUCCUCUGAUGGCAGGACUGUCAGCGGGAAGCCCGACCGCGAUCGGCUCGGGUGUGGCCCUCGCGACUCUGGCAAUGCCGUGGCGGGAGGGCCGGCAUGGACUCAACUAUGGGAUCCAACUCUUCGUGGUCCCCCGCCACUUCUUCCGCCGUGCAGCACAGCCUUGGCUCUCCCCUCGCCAUCACCCUCUGCAUCAUGCGCAGAUUCGCAUCGAGGCCUGCGCCCGUCCCAGCCAUGUUGGUGGUCCACUGCGGGAUGCCUCCCACCCCCAACAUGCGGCACAGCUCGUCGGAGAAGUGACAGCAGUUGCGACGCAGCGUGUUGUAGCUGUCGGCUGGCCAGCGCUCGUGCAGGCGGUCGAGCAGGCUCCGCACCUGAUUCAUGCUCAUGGCCGUGCGGCCCAUCUCCAGCGUCUCCCGGUAGUCGUAGUGGUCGGAGUGCCUCGGCGGGCCGCAGAAGAUGCCGCUGCCCGUGAUGGGGUCCCCGACGGAGCAGAACGUCCACUCGAAGAAGUACACCUCGACGCCGCAGUGGAACAUGCCCGUGCCCAGGGGCCGCAGCACGUCGUUCAGCCUCGAGGGGCAGAUGUCGUACACGUGCAGCGACACGGGCGCGGAGCUGGUCGCCGCCACGGCGCCGGCGGCCCUCUCCGAGCUCGAGCACGACAGCAGGCCCCGCCUGCCGCCGCUGCACGCCACCUGGCCGCCCAUGGCGCGCGGCCGCGGCCGCGCAUGGGCUCCCGCGGCGGCCCUUGGCCCGACACGGCU